AUGCGCUCGGCUCGCUAUUCGAUUGGCAUUGCCAGCGCGGCGGCUCUGCGUGCUACCGCUGCCAGCCUGGCUGAUGUUUGCACCACUGCCAACGUCCAGUCAGCUCUACCCGUCGAUGCUGUUGAGGGUAUCACUCUAUCGACUGAUUCGGUUACCACCAAUGCCGUGUACAAUCACAGCGUGUCGGCGGGCGAUCUCUGGCCGGGGAAGUCGGGCCUCGAUUUCUGCAACGUGACUUUUGCCUACACUCGUGACGGAACCAGCGAGACUACCAAUGUCUGGUAUUGGCUCCCCAGUCCGGACCAAUUCCAAGGGCGCUACCUCACGACUGGAGGCGGCGGAUUCUCCAUCACUUCAGGAGAACAAGGCCUCGGUAACGGACUCGUCUACGGCGCCGCAGCAGGCACGACGGACGGCGGCUUCGGGAGCUGGAGCGCGCAGCUGACAGACGUCAUCCUAGCGUCCAACGGCACGAUGGACUACCAGAAGCUCUACAACUUCGGCUACCGGUCGAUCCACGAGAUGACGGUGCUGGGCAAAGCGCUGACCAAGAACUUCUACGGCAGCGGCGAGGAUCAGCGCAUCUACUCGUACUACCAGGGGUGCUCGGAGGGCGGGCGCGAGGGCUGGAGCCAGGUGCAGCGGUACGGGUCGCAGUUCGACGGGGCGGCCAUCGGGGCGCCCGCCUUCCGCAUGGCCUUCCAGCAGGUGGCGCACCUGUUCAGCAACGUCGUCGAGGUGACCGAGGACUACUACCCGCCGCCGUGCGAGCUGGAGAAGAUCACCAACGACACCAUCGCCGCCUGCGACGAGCUCGACGGCCGCAAGGACGGCGUCGUGGGCCGCUCCGACCUGUGCAAGCUGCACUACAACGUCAGCGCCAGCGUCGGCGAGCCCUACGCCUGCGCCGCGUCGUCCGGCGGUGGUGGAGCCCCUGGUAAGCGCAGGAAGAGGCAGGCGCCGGGCGGCGGCAGCUCCUCGCCCGCCGUCAACGGCACCGUGUCCGCGGCGGCGGCGCGCGUGGCCCAGCUCAUCAACGACGGCCUCUUCGACUCGCAGGGCCGCCAGGCCUACGUCUCGUACCAGCCCGCCGCCGGCUUCGCCGACGCAAGCACGACGUACAACAGCGACACGGGCACGUGGGAGGCGACGGCCAGCGGCAUCGGCGUGCAGUGGGUCAACUACUUCCUCGAGAAGAAAGCCUCGACCUCGCUGCCCCUCACCAACGUCACCUACGACACGCUCAUCGACUGGAUCAUGCAGGGGCUGCAGGAGUACGCCGACACGGUCGAAACCACCUGGCCCGACCUCAGCGCGCUCGAGGCCUCCGGCGGCAAGGUCAUCCACUUCCACGGCGAGUCGGACAACUCAAUCCCGGCCGCCUCGUCCGUCAUCUACCACGACGCCGUGCGCCGCACCAUGUUCCCGGACCUCGGCUUCAACGAGAGUUAUGCGGCCCUGCACGACUUCUACCGCCUCUUCCUCGUGCCUGGCGCUGCGCACUGCGGCGUCAACAGCGAUCAGCCCAACGGGCCUUUCCCGCAGAAUGUCCUCGGCAGCGUCAUCGAGUGGGUUGAAGGCGGAGUUGCGCCCGAGAAGCUGAACGCUACGGUGCUCGAUGGUGACGAUGCGGCGGGCGAGGAGCAGAAGAUUUGCGGGUUCCCCCUCCGGCCGCUGUGGCAUGGUAAUGAUACGAUGGAUUGCGUGUAUGAUCAGGAGUCGAUUGAUUCGUGGCUUCCAAAGCUUGAUGCUAUUCCCGUACCUGUGUACUGA